AUGUCGCGUGCUUUGUUUGCUUUAGGUCUAACGGAGACACUUGGAGGAACUUCUUUGUCUUACCCUGACGACAUGAGUAUGCUUGGGACGGUCGGAAUUCCAGCAGUUUACAAUGAGAUACGGCUUGAGGAGGUGCCGGAGAUGGGCUAUGACCCCCUAGGGGAAAAUCCUUCAGGGGAGAUCUGUAUAAGAGGAAAAUGUCUGUUCUCUGGGUAUUACAAGAACCCUGAACUCACUGAAGAAGUCAUGAAAGACGGAUGGUUCCAUACAGGAGAUAUAGGUGAGAUUCUUCCAAACGGAGUACUAAAGGUCAUUGAUCGUAAGAAGAAUCUGAUCAAACUCUCUCAAGGAGAAUAUGUAGCUCUCGAGCAUUUGGAAAGCAUCUACGGACAAAACCCCAUAGUCCAAGAUAUAUGGGUUUACGGAGACAGCUUCAAAUCUAUGCUCGUCGCUGUGAUUAUUCCCAAUCCAGAAAUCCUAAACCGGUGGGCAAAAGAUCUCGGUUUGACUAAACCAUUCGAAGAACUCUGUUCUCUCUCGGAGAUACAAGAACACAUAAUUUCAGAAUUGAAGUCCACGGCAGAGAAGAACAAGCUAAGCAGGUUUGAGUACAUAAAGGCGGUGACGGUUGAUACAAAGCCUUUUGAUAUAGAAAGAGACUUGGUGACUGCAACGCUAAAGAACAGGAGAAACAAUCUUCUCAAGUAUUAUAAGGUAUCAGUCGACGAAAUGUACAGAAAACUGGAGCCAAAAAGAAGCUGAAAGUGUUG